GGCUGGGGCCCGGCCCAGAGCUCCGGGCGGUCGCAUUGUUUUCCUCCGCGGAACCGCGGCGGGAGUGGGGUUUGCGACUGGGACCCAGGACUCGCGCGACCUGACAGCGCCCGGGAGCCCAGAUCCAAGCUCCAUCCAAUUCGGUCAUUCACCACAUCUCACUGGGGCCCCAGCCGAUUGAGAACUCGGCGCGGUGCGCGGCCGCUGCUCGACCGCUGCGAUCUCCCUCCCGUUGACCCGGAUCUCGGAGUCAGAGGUCUCCGAUCCCCCUCAAGCCCCCACAGGAGUCACCACCCCAGGGCCAGCAUAUGGGUGAGGGGGCACCCCCUGGGGCCUGAGCUGCCCCACACAGAAUGCCCCGUGCCCCCCACUUCAUGACCUUGCUGCUACUGCUCUUGCUGCUCUCAACUCCCCACACCCAGGCUGCAUUUCCCCAGGACCCUCUCCCUCUGCUGACCUCUGACCUGCAAGGUAUUUCUCCACUAUCUUGGUUCCGGGGCCUGGAGGAUGAUGCUGUGGUUGCAGAACUUGGGCUGGACUUUCAGAGAUUCCUGACCCUGAACCGGACCUUGCUAGUGGCUGCCAGGGAUCACGUUUUCUCCUUUGAUCUUCAAGCCCAAGAAGAAGGGGAGGGGCUCGUGCCCAACAAGUAUCUAACAUGGAGGAGCCAAGACAUGGAGAACUGUGCCGUGCGGGGCAAGCUGACGGAUGAGUGCUACAACUACAUUCGCGUUCUCGUGCCCUGGGACUCCCAGACGCUCCUUGCCUGUGGAACGAACUCAUUCAGCCCCGUGUGCCGCAGCUAUGGGAUAACUUCACUGCAGCAGGAGGGUGAGGAGCUGAGUGGGCAGGCUCGAUGCCCCUUUGAUGCCACCCAGUCCAAUGUGGCCGUGUUUGCAGAGGGCAGCCUGUAUUCAGCCACAGCUGCAGACUUCCAGGCCAGUGACGCUGUGGUUUACCGAAGCCUUGGACCUCAGCCCCCACUCCGCUCCGCCAAGUACGACUCCAAGUGGCUCCGAGAGCCACACUUUGUCCACGCUUUGGAGCAUGGAGACCAUGUCUACUUCUUCUUCCGAGAAGUCUCUGUGGAGGAUGCCCGGCUGGGGAGGGUGCAGUUCUCCCGUGUGGCCCGUGUGUGUAAGCGUGACAUGGGUGGCUCACCUAGGGCCUUGGACCGCCAUUGGACAUCCUUCCUCAAGCUGCGGCUCAACUGCUCUGUCCCUGGAGACUCUACCUUCUAUUUUGAUGUCUUACAGGCCUUGACAGGGCCUGUGAACUUGUAUGGUCGCUCUGCUCUCUUUGGGGUCUUCACCACCCAGACCAAUAGCAUUCCUGGCUCUGCGGUCUGCGCCUUCUACCUGGAUGAUAUCGAGCGUGGGUUUGAGGGCAAGUUCAAGGAGCAGAGGAGUCUGGAUGGGGCCUGGACCCCUGUGUCUGAGGACAGGGUCCCCUCCCCCAGGCCCGGAUCCUGUGCAGGAGUAGGUGUAGCUGCAUUGUUCCCCUCUUCUCGAGACCUCCCUGAUGAUGUCCUGACCUUCAUCAAGGCUCACCCACUCCUGGACCCUGCUGUGCCACCUGCCACCCAUCAGCCUCUGCUCACCCUCACCAGCAGGGCCCUGCUGACCCAGGUGGCUGUGGAUGGCAUGGCUGGUCCCUACAGUAACACUACAGUCCUGUUCCUUGGCUCCAAUGAUGGGACAGUGCUGAAGGUGCUGCCCCCAGGGGGGCAAUCUGGGGGCUCUGAGCCCAUUCUGUUGGAAGAGAUCGAUGCCUACAGCCCCUCCCGGUGCAGUGGAAAGAGGGCAGCCCAAACAGCACGGCGGGUCAUAGGGCUGGAGCUGGACACUGAAGGUCACAGGCUCUUUGUGGCUUUUUCUGGCUGCAUCAUCUACCUCCCUCUUAGUCGAUGUGCCCGGCAUGGGGCCUGUCGGAGGAGCUGUCUGGCUUCUCAGGACCCAUACUGUGGAUGGGACAGCUCCAGAGGCUGCGUGGAUAUCAGGGCACCUGGUGGGAUUGAUGUGGAUCCAACUGGUAACCAGGAAUCCAUGGAGCAUGAUGACUGCCAAGAUGGAGCUACUGGAAGUCAGUCUGGUACAGGGGAUUCCACUUAUGGCGUGCGCCGCGACCUCCCGCCAGCCUCAGCCUCCCGCUCAGUCCCCAUCCCACUCCUCCUGGCCUGUGUGGCCGCGGCCUUCGCCCUGGGCGCCUCGGUCUCUGGCCUCCUGGUCUGCUGCGCCUGUCGCCGAGCUCACCGACGUCGGAGCAAGGAUAUCGAGUCCGCCGGGAUCCCACGUCCUCUCUCCCUACGCAGCUUGGCCCGGCUGCAUGGGGCGGGUCCAGAGCCGCCGCCGCCGUCCAAGGACGGAGACGGGGCACAGACGCCGCAGCUCUACACCACCUUCCUGCCUCCUCCCGAGGGCGUACCCCCGCCGGAGCUGGCCUGCCUGCCCACCCCGGAGUCCACGCCAGAGCUGCCGGUCAAGCACCUCCGCCACGCCGGGGGUCCCUGGGAGUGGAACCAGAACGGGAACAACGCCAAGGAGGGCCGGAGCCGCGCCCGGGGCGGGAACGCGGCGGGUGGUCCCGCGCCGCGCGUGCUGGUGAAGCCGCCGCCGCCUGGCUGUCCUGGGCAGGCCGUGGAAGUCACCACCCUGGAAGAACUAUUGCGCUACCUGCACGGCCCGCAGGCGCCCAUGAAGGAGGCCGAGCCCCCGGCCGCCGCCCCUUUCACCUCGCGGCCGCUGCCGCCCGAGCCCGCCCUCACCCUCUUUGCCGGCCCCAGCCUGCUGCCCCGGGACUGUGCCCCGCCUCGGAGGCUGGACGUGCCCCCGGAGGGCAAGUGCCCGGCCCCCGCCGCCCGGCCUGCGCUCUCCGCCCCAGCUCCCCGGCUCGGGGUGGGCGGCAGCCGGAAGUUGCCCUUCUCCUCUCACCGUACACCCCCUGCGCUGCUCACCCGAGUCCCCUCGGGAGGCCCCUCCAGGUACUCAGGGGGUGCCGGGAGACACCUCCUGUACCUGGGUCGGCCUGAGGGGCACCGGGGCCGCGCCCUGAAGAGGGUGGAUGUCGAGAAGCCCCAGGGGCCCCUGAAGCCUCCCUUCGUCGGGCCCUCCUCGCAGGCGGCCGUCCCUAACGGCAGCCAUUUUAACUUUUGAAGGGAGUCGCUCCAAGGCCUCAAAAAGGGCCCUCGAGGCCCAUGCCCUCAGAGGCCGUGAGCGUGGACGCGUCUCCAAGGACAGAUGACUUCCCUCUCUGUUCCACACCUCCAGCCUUCCUGGACUCUGAGAGUCUCCCGGGGUCCCUGCCCGCCUCGGGUUUAUUUAUUGACUGCCGACUGUCUUUUCCCCCUGUCCUCGAGAGAGGAGUGGGAGGUGAGAAGCUCGCCCCCUCAGUGAGCCAGCUUUUCGGGGGUAACUGGCACACUCCCACUCCCCCUCUCCCUCAGCCAAGCUGCCUUAACUCGCCCCUCCGGGCCUCCACAGACUGGGCCCCGGGCGGGCCGCACGGCGGACGGCCGGGGCUGAGCCACUCGCGUUAUGUACAGAGUCCUCGGGCCUCCUGGGACGUGCCUCCUCCUACUAUGUAGGAGCCUCCGCUUCCCAAUACAGCUGUGUCCCCGAGCCGCUGCCUGACUUUACUCGCGGAGCGGGCGGGGCGGGGCGGGGCGGGAACGG